AUGUCUGAAUCGUCACCCCCGCCAACAUCGAGGCGCUUUACGCCAACCCCAGUGGAAACAACGGUGAAGAGGGUUCGACGAUUCGCUGUUGAGCCCGUGGAAACGACCACAAGAAGUAGCAAGAAGGAGGAAAGGGAGGACAAGAACGAUGGCGGGGUUGAUAAGAUGGACUUUGCCCCAACGACAGCUGCAGCAGGAGCUCCUCCCAAACGACGAUUCGUACCUGAACCCGUCGAAACGACUUUUAAGAGCAACAGACAGCCCGUCAAGCCAUUACCUACUCCUGAGCCUACGCCUGUCUCAAUUCCUCCCCAGGAUUCUCCGGCAGAAGCUCCACCAAAGCCAAGGAGAAGAUUUGUUCCAGACCUGAUCGAAACCACGAAGAGAUCCAAGAAAGCUGGUGACUCAAGACCAGCUACCCUUCCAACAGAUAAGACCGACCUCACACCUGGAGUACCAAAUAUAUACACCCGUUCCAAGCGGAAGGCCCGCACUCCUGUCGUUCCUAUACCUUCAGACAAUACUCCCAACCAAAGCUCAGCAAAUUUACACACUGUUCAAAUACCACCUCUACCUCCAAGACGGCAGCCUUCAAUGCGUCCCCAUCCCAAUACAAGACGAAGCACGCGACAGAACUCCUUCCAGCCCGAACUGGAAGCUAUAGCUUCUGAUGAGGAGGAACCAGAUCUGGAGGAUGGAUUCGAAGAUGAAGGCACACCAUCACUAUCGGGGUCCCUCGGAUCAUCAGAGGAUUCUAUGAUGAGAUUACAACUGGCACGGACACGGGAGAGCUGUGACGACAGAUUCUCGGGAUAUCUACUAGCUCUUGCAGCAAAGGCAGCUGAAAAGCAGUUACGUGAGCAAGCUUUGGCAGCAUUCCCCAACGAGUCUAUGCACGAGAUAGUGGAGCAUUUCUAUGACAGAGAGAUCGAAGGAGCUUCAGAUGAGGAAUCUGUGGAAGGUGUUGGGCUCCUCGUCCUGAACGAUCCCAAACUGGAAAACAUGCGACGGAAAUCUACAGAGGUUGGAUGGGCAGCCAAGGAGAUGCAAGAGCAUCAAGAGAAGCUCAAUCGUCUCCGCGAGGAUGAAACCAACAAGAAGAUUGCUGCUGAGGCUACCAAACCUACCUUCCAAGACCCAUUCUGGACGAACGGCAUGACAGUCAAGAACUCAGGAUUCCCCCGCGCCGCCCAAGCCGACCCAGUGGACAAGCAAAAGGAGGCAGAGCUUAAGCGCAUGCGCUCAGCUGCAUCACCCCCAAUGCUCGGCAGCGAUCUGAAGUUCCGGAUGUGCCCGUCGCCAAAAGCCACAAAGUUUGAAUCGGACCAGAGAAUCGAUGUCCAACCCAACAAGUGCGACAAUGGUGGGGGUCUCUGGGGUGGCUACUGUAUUGCUGAGGAGCCAGGAGAGUUUGUGAGCCCAAGCGUGAACAAGCAACCCCCGCUGAUCCAAACCCCGCGUGCGGAUGGAGGGGUAGAUGAACCGUUUUCUUCCGCUUUCGGAAACCAUACGCUCCCGAACGGCACUAAGACCCCGUCGAAGCAGGAAGGGGGCCUCCGCAUGCUGGCUGGCAUCGACGAGAGGCUCAAGGCCGAGGUAGCGAGGAGCAAGGCGGAAGAGGCGUUGCUAGAGGAGUUUGAUGAUACAUUUGUGACGCAGGUGUAUAAUUAUCUGUCCCUCGGCUACCCCUCUUUGGCUCGUGCCUACGACGAGGAGCUAUCACGCAUCAGUCGUUGUCCUCAAGACGAGCUGCGAGCUGAUGACAACAAGCAGAACGUCAAGGGGUACAUUGGGAUCGCCGAGGGUGUGCAAGAAGAUCACUGUCCACGAUGGAAGGCAUUGAGAGUCUAUAUUCUGGAGUGGGCUCGACAACAUCCCAGCAUGUCCAAUGGUGCAGCAAGCCCAAGUGCAUGGGGUGUUCGUGCUAGAAGGGGCAGUUGGGCCAUUUAG